CUCGUCAAAUCGACGAUAAGCGUCGACGUGUCGCCCCGUCUCAUUUUGAACGUGAGAGAGAGAGAGAAAGAGAGAGAGAGACGAAGCGAGAGAGGACAGAAGGAUCCGUAGAGAAGAGAGCGUGCGAUAUAACACAUCGAUCUGCGUUCGCGCAAGCGUGUUUCCCCGUUGUCUGGCAGCCCGAGCAGAUUUUGCCCGUGCCACCCUGUAUAGGCCGUGACCGGGAUACGAUACCAACAGGUGAUGCUGGAGGAGUACGGAGACACUCCCUCAAGCGGCAUCGUUGAUCGUCGUCCCCCGAGUCCUGAUCCUGACUGGUGAUUUAGUAAACGUUUUCCAGCGACUCCCCUGUUUCCUGUUCAACUCGUUCUCGGCGAAGGAGGGAUCAAUCGUUAAAAACGUAACGUUAAAUGAGAAACGAGAAGAGGAUCGGGGCGGGUUAUAAUAUAUAGUCGGCGAUCAAAGCCUUUCCUCGAUCGAGCUUCUGAUCGUAGUUUCAGUGAACGAAUAUUCAAGUUUCUAAUCGUUGUUGAUUUUUCUCUUUUCUUUCUGCUCGCUUUUAUUUACUCGUAUAGUGGUUUACCUUGUUACUUGCUUUUUUCUUUCUUUUUUUUUUUUUUUGCAAGAGACUGUGAUAUCUCUGAGAUAACAAGAAGAGAUACCGAAAAUCCCGCCAGAAGGGAUUAACCCUCGAUAGACUGAUAGAUAGUCGGUGGUCGGCCGGUUCUUCGGGAGAUCGCUGCCUCGUGGUUUAUGCACGUCGAAGUUGGAAAGCCGUGGGCAACGCGUGUCCCGUAAGGUGGGACACGAAGGGAGGUGGGAAUUAUCGUGGUGGGAAAAGUCAUGGAUGAUGAUCCAGUGCGGAUUCAGCGGGUCCCGGCUAAUGAGUCGCAGGAUCGUGCGUGAGAAGGAAAGAAAAGAGGAAAUUUAUAAAUUGGAUUAAUUCGAAUAUACGAUUGGAUUUGUUUCUCUCGAUGGGGAUGGAUGUUUGGGGAGUGAAACGGGCCGAUUCGUCGAUCAGUCGAGCAUCGAAGAUCGUUGAGGGAAAGAAGCAAGGAGGAUGUGGAAGAGAUGUGAAAGAAGAUUGUCGAAAAAAUCGAUGUGUCGAUGAAGAAAUGAAGUUUUCCAUUUUCCACGUCUUUGUGUUUUGAAGGAAAUUUUUAAAUUUAGAGGAGAGAAUCGGUGAACGCCGAGGGAGGAAGAGAGCAAAAGGUAUUUCUCUUUUUUCCGAGAUAUAAUGUAAAUUUAUCGCGGAAUUAUUAUUAACGAUUAUUAUUAUUCGUAAUAUCGUUUUCACGAAAAAUUCUCUUCUAUCUCUUUCUUUUUGGAUAACUUAAGGAUUUAAUUAAUUAUUGAAAUAUAACAAUUAAAUGAUACGAGAGAGAAAUAAAUAUAAGAUAUAUUUGCACGUACACGAAAGGGAUACCGUGGGAUAAAUAAAUGAGUAUCGACGAUAUUAAAAACAGCACGAGAAAUAAAUGCACAGCACAGAUACAAAUAAAUAGCAUCUGGAAAUUCGGAAUGGAAAAUUGGAGCAAUCGAUUGCUAGUGGUAAAUGACUCUGACUUCCCUGAUUACACUAUAAUAUGAUGAAACCCCGUUCAAUUUAAUCUACGAUAAAUCUGAUUGCAAAUUGUCGGAUAAAAUCGGCGUGCCGAAUGCUUUCAACUGCCUUCCCGAAGCGUUGAAAGCGCACAAAACCCGCAACCAAAAAAAAAAAGUUCAUCGUCAAAUUUUUACCAAAAUUUAUAAUAAAUAAUUCUUAAAAAAAAAUAAAUAAAAAUACAAAAACAAUUUACUCCGUUGAAUGAAAACGAUCGAACGAGUUUAUUAACACGUCUCUCAACCGAAACUUAACUCUCGUGAAACACAACACGACAAUUAAACCACUUUAAAAAAAAAAAAGAAAAAAGACGCAUCUCUCCUGAAAAGAAACGAGCCGCAACCGUUUACAAUCAUCUCGUGUAAAGUAGAAGAGAUACGAAUGAAUCCAUUAAAAGAAAAAAAAUAUCAAACAGAAGGGACUUCUCAAAGAGGGACUUGAACUAGUCGAAACGAGAUAAAUAUAAAAGAGUUCUUUUUUUUCGAAACUUCAUCCGGCCGCCCCAGUUACAAAAUUAUCCCGAGUGUCUAACACUCUGUGCGUGCAGUUGAAUCGAUACUCUGUCCGAAUUUUGAAACGUCGGGAAAACCGUUUCGGGAACAAAGGCCAAACACCACCGUUAACGACAACGAGGAUCGGCGGGUGUGAAUGAAAUUCGCACGUUACAGGAUUAAUUGGCAAUUCGCUCGACAGUCGGUUAAUUGGGGAAUUAGGGAGCCUAGGAAGAGAAGUCGAACGUGGUUCAAGAGGCUAAGUGCAUUUCUCGCCGCCAGUGUUUCUCGCGUGCCACGUGUUGGGAUGAAAAUAAAACCCUCCGUAUCGAUGCACGAGGAAACGAUUCUAUUGUCGUUGUGAAUAAAACGAUGUGCUUUUUAAAGUUUGAUCCAUUGAUUUGUGAAUUGAUGGAUUGAUCGAAGGGAUCUGUUAUAUCUUUGAAAAUUUGACGAGGUGCGGACUGGUUGUACGGUUUUAACGAUAUGUUUUAAUGGACAUUCGAAUGGAGGAAACGUUGGAAGAGACGCGCACGAAUAUUGGUCGUCGAGGAAGAGAGUAGAGAGAUGGCACGAUAAGGAAUACGGAGUGGCGGGAAGGAUUUGUUCCAACUUUAGGAGCGCAAAAUGCCCCAAGGAAGCAUCCAUUGGCAGGGGACGCAGAGAAGAGCCUGCGGUCCAGGAGCUCACUGGAAUGUUCAGGUGGUGAGAGGCAAAGUGACAACACGAUGCUUGUGGUACGCCUGCAAAGCUCUCGGAAUUGGUCUGCUACUAAUGCUUUUAGGAGCUUGCAUGGCGACCAUAGGAUACUUCGCAGAUCAGCUAUCCGUGGCUCAAGAGAUCAGAGGUAACUUAACAAUAAAAGUGAAGAAUGAAUCACGUGGAUUUCAUCUGAAUAACCUCAGUUAUGCUGGCCCAAUUGUAAUGGGCGUAGGAGGAUUUAUCGUGGUGGCAGCCUGUGUAAUGACCUUCGAGGCCCGUGACAACGCUGCCAAAGUGGUUCCGGCCCGUUUCCGCUUUAAUCAAACGUCGACAAUAAAAAAUACGAGGAAUCAACGGAACCGUAGAUCCACGUCUAGUCAAACGACGAAAUGGGAUCAUCAAUUGGGCGUGUUCAAAGUGAACAGAAGUCCGAGCCCAAGCAUACACGAGGUUUCGAGGAAACAAUUGACCGCGGAGUUCAUGCAGUUUUCGAAAGAAUUGAACGAGAAACAGGCUGGCCACUCGAUUAAGAAGAGUCCCAGCGCGCCAACUUUGAUAGACAAAAAAUCACCACGUAAAAGAACAUCAAAGUACGCUGGAUGCGCUUUAUUAAAUCCAGAAUUAUUGCAGAGACAUGCCCUUUCCGUUGAUAAUCCGAGCUACAGCCCUCACCAGGUCAGCAGAGAAAGUUUGGAUCAGCAAAAGAUGGGAGGCAGCCAGGUUUCAAUGGCUAUGGAUUUGCACAUUCCUAAUAAAGGCCCAGUUACGUUGAAAGUUAAAGAUAGAUCGGACACAGCGAGACGUCAUCAACUGCUUCGACAAACGAAAGUUGAUUACGUCGAAGAAGUUGAUGAAGCUGUUAAAUCACCGACUGGUCGCGGUUACUCGCCUAAAUUAUCAGGUGCCUAUAGCAAAUAUCCAGACGAUUUUGUACCGAGGAAAAGAAACUCGAUAGAUAUAAAAUUAUUAGAAGAAUUGACAGCGUCGAAAGAUCUUACAAAAAUAUCGCCUAGAGAUUUUCGUAAAAUUUCUUCGCCGAGCUUCCAUAAAAUGUCAUUCGACAAAAGUGGAAGUGAUCGUAGGAUCGAGAGAAGCAUGGGCCAACGUAAAGCCAGCCUUGAAUUCAGGAAAAGUCCCGACUUUCGAAGGGGAGAUUAUAGGAAAUUGUCAGUGGACAGAUUCAGUAUCGAUUGCGCUAAAUACCUAUCCGACGAUGUGGAAAUGAGAUCAAGGGCGAGCAGCGGUGACAAUCUGAGAAGACAACGGCAACCGAAACUGCAUCAUUCUAGAUCGGAUGACAAUAAGAGGGCGUCGUUCGAAAGACACCAAAAAGACGCUCAAUCGAGCCGAUACUCUUUGAACACGCAAGCGGUCAUCGAGAGUGGGGGAUCAGAGGCCGAAUUCAAGUAUUUCACAGCAACGUCACUUGACACGGAAGAAAGUCGCGCUGACAAUUCAGACGACAGCCACGCGAUCGAUAUAGACGAACAGAUAGCAGCGAAUGUGCCGUCCGACGGACCGACAGAAGCUGAUGCCUUACUCGAGGAACCUGAAUUAGAGAACGUGCCCGAAAUCGACGUUGAGAGCUCGAGAUACGACAUGGAUGAGACUGAAACGUACGAUGAAGCUGCGUUAAGAACGAAAAAUUUAAUAUCUAAUGACCAGAUAUCGAAGAGACAGGGGAGAAAUAAUAUUCGUAACAUGGACGAAAGAUUGGAUGAUUUUGUGAAAAGCAAAGAAACCAUAUUGUACAUAAAAGAGCACGAAAUUUAGAAGAAAGACUAUCAUCUGAUCGUAUAUGAGAUAUGAUUGUAAUAAUAAAACGUGUAUUGCGCCUCCCUCGAAUGAUUCGGGGGAAAAUUUUUGAAAAAUGUUUGAAUUUUCCACGUUAAGUAAACGUUUAAUAGGAUAUUGAGAAAUUGAUAAAUUUAUUGUAUCCAAGUUGAUACACCGCUUGUUGUUUGAUAACGUAUAUUUGUUAAAAAAAAAAAAAGAAAAUUAAAUAUUUAUAAUAUUCGACGAUAUAAAAUUCAAUGAACAUCGCGCAAAUUGUAUAAAAUAAUGAUCACGUUUAGAAAGGAUAGAUAGUUUGUUAUGUGGCAGUUUGUCACGAUUGCAUUUUUACGUGAAAUUUAAACGAAAUUUGAAACAAAUGUGAUGGAACGAGUACGACAAUUAUUAAAAUAAUUCUUUUCGAGCGAAUAAAUGUUCUUAUUAAUAAAAUUCGCUCCGAAUUUUAUUGUUUGUUAUAUUUUCUUUUUAUAAUUAUUAUGUUCUUUGUUGUAUUUCGUUUUGCAAUUACUUGAAUAAUUAAAUUUAUCUUCUCGAUUAAUAUUAAAUACAGUAACGCGAUACAUGCUCAAUGAUCUCAAAACAUUAGUGUAAAUAAAGUUAAUAUAGUUUAUCGCGGAUUGUAUUUUGUUGCAGGACAAUCAUUUCGAAAGAAUAUUACUUCCCUCACGAGAAAAAAAAACAUGAAUAAAUAUAAAAAUUUGCCGCACUGAUGACAAAUAAUAAAUAUACAUACCUUCUUAUGUGAUCCGUUGAUCUGUACAAAAUUAAUAAUAUUUAUAAUGAAGAUACAUAGAAAUUAUGUUGAAAUGAUCACGAAACAUAUUUCUGCCGAAGAUUAUUAUAGCCUUCUGCAUAUGGACGAAUAAUUUCGUCAUUGUUUAUGACGAAAAAAAUAAAGCGAAGAGACGAAUUGAUUCGCGCUGAUUCAUGCAAUUAUUUGAGCUAUUUCAAACUUGGCGAUGUAUCAAAGUUCUCUCUUAAAAAUAUUUAAUAUAAACUAUGCAAACGUAGCAUAAAUUUUUAAUAAACUUGAAAUAUCUAAAAAAUAAAAUUGAAACAAUGCAAAUCUUACGAACUAUUUGCAAUGAUUCUUGAAAUUUUACUAAAAAUAUAUUUUCCAGUUUUUAAAGCUUUCAAUAUAUAUCGUAUUACCACUUUUUAAUCUAAACUUAUGCUAUUAAAUGACUGCUAAAAAGAAUGUAUCAAUGUUUCAAACAACAUUUUUCUCGAAACAUGAUUAAAAAUAAAAUUUUAAAAACCAUGCCAAGAAAAAUCAAUGUGUAUUUAUAUACUCAUAUGACAUGGUUUUUUCAUAUCAUACCAAACAUAUAUACAAUCAUUACAUUAUACAAUGUUGAAAUAUCUCUAAUAAUACAUUUUACGAAAGUUCAAUAAUUCGAAAAUAGAAUUAACUUUCAAGAACUUUCUUAUUCUAUUGUUAAACCGUUUCACAUAAUUGAAUAGGCAUAAAUUGUGGCCUAUUUCAUUAUACCAGAUAUCGAAAUCGAUCUUUCAGAUUCGAUAAGAAAUAUUUUUUUCUUAGAUAAUGUAACGAGAACGAAAGAAUCAAUCGAUUUUGUAUGCAUUCGAAUCGAAUAUAAAUAAAAAAAAAAAAGAAAAAAAGAAAUCUAGCAAAAAAUGACAAUCCAUUAACGUCGAGUGAUAUAUAUGCGUUGUUUAAAAAAAAAAUGAAAAGGUUUAGUCAAAUGAUAAUAAAAGAAUCUAUUUUUAUAUUUCUCCUACGAUAUGAUGAUUGAAUUGAUGAAAUACGAUUGAACGUAUUAAAUCAUCGUAAGAUGAAAAUCACGUUCUUUCUAAUUUUAGUUUAAUUUAUUUUUAGUGCGAAUAAUACACAUUUGAAAUCAGUAAAGAAGCGAUUUUAUGCGCAGAGAAACUUCUUCGUUUAUUUUCGUUCGACAUUUUGCACUAAAAAUUGAUAAUGAAAAGAUAAAAUAUUCAAAAAUAUUUUCUUGGCAAACGAAAUAAAAUGAAAAGAGACGAAAUGCGUUUAUUCAGAAAACAAAAAUUGUUUGUUAUUCGAGUUUGAAUGGACCAAUGUUUAACAAAAAAAUAUACGUAUAAAAAUGAUAAUUCAAUGAUAAUACGUCUUUGGAAGAUUGCUUCUCUGAUUCGGUCUAAUAUUUCACGCCCAAUUAUUAUGUACAUAUGUAUGAUAUACUUGAGAAAUUAUUUAUUAAAUAAUAUAUAAUACAUUAUGUACAUACUUAUUUUUAGAAGCUAAAAUUUAACAAUUUUUUACUUCUACACUGUCACGAGAUUCAAAUAUUGUUAUCUUUCUUUAUGAUGAAACAAAUUUUUUAGUUCUUUUUCAAUAAAAUUAUUAAAAUACAUUUAACAAAAACAAAAUAUUUGUGUUUUUUUUCUAAACUUGAGUAUAAACAGAUAUUAAUAAAUAUUAUCUUUUAAAAUUUGAUUUUAUAUAUCUACAUAAUAUAAUCUUAAUUAUUGAAAAUUAUAUGUAUAUUAAAUAUGAGAAUGCUAUGUUAAUUAUUUAUGUCAAUAUCGUGUAAAUAUAUAGAAAAUAUUUAAUUAAUAAUUAACAAGAAAAACAUAAUCAAGCUGUGAUGAAAUUGUAAGUAAAUAAAAGUUACUAAUAGUACUAUGAAUUACUUGCUAUCAUAGUUAGUGCUGUAUAUUUGAGGCAAUAUUUACAGAUAUACAAUAUACAACAUAAAUUCAAAAAAAAUUAUGUACGAUAAAGUUAUAAAUGAUUUAAAGAUACUCAUGAAAUACACAAUCAAUGACAAUUUCAUAUUUUUAUUAUUAAAUAAUUUAAAAACGCGAUUAAAAAUCAAUUUCUUAAAAAUUGAAUGAUAUAUGGUAGUAUUGAUAUGUAUGAUAAUUAAAAUAUAUUUUAAUAUGCAUUUGUUAAAAUUAAGAACUAUUUUUUUUAUUAAUUAAAAAAUAUUUCUGAUAAAUCUAAAAAAGUUAACUCGAUACUAUAUGUAUAUAAUAUUAUCUUCUAUAUUAUCACUUUAUAAAAUAUCUUUAUAUUAAAAUUAAAUGAAGGCAAUAAAUAUGCAAUAUACAAAUAUAAAAUCAUUAUUUUUUUCAAAUUUAUAUUUGAAUAAUAAAAAAAUAUAUCAAGAAAAUCUUUAUUAUAAUAAUUCAAUUUGUCAAAAAUUUGAAUAUAUUUAUAUAAAAUCAUUCAAGUGUAAUCAAGAGUAUCUUUUGCAGCACUAACAAUAUUCUUUACUUAAUAUAAAUGGUUUUGUUGUAAUCCAAUUGUAUAUUUAGCAAAUGCGUUGAAAUAAAUGAAUAUCGCUGUAAGAUUCAAUGUAAUCUUUGCAUGCUGAUUGUUGUAAAGUCUCAAUAAAACAACUUUCAAAUAUUA